AUGACUGGAUGUAGACAGGCUGCCCAAGACAGCUUGUCCUGGGGCCCACCCCUGGGAUCAACACCACCAGUUUCCCAGGAGGCUCCCAUCAGGCCCCCAGUGAGCCAGCAGGCACCGUGGCCACAGAGGCCCUGUACAGAGGGCAGUCGGCCCACAUCCCAGGCCAAGCCUCCACCUCCCAGUGUCUAUCAGAACUUUCGGCGCUGGCAGCAACUGAAGGACUUGGUCUGGAAGAAACUUCCACAGACUCCUGAUGGGGAGGCACUUGCCUGCUUCUUCAUCCCAGUGCUUCGGUCCCUGGCCCGGCUGAAUCCCACCAUAUCCCUGGACGAGGGCCUGUGGAGAGGCCUUCAGGAGUGGGAAGGCAUUAGCAAUUACGAGCGCAUGAACUUUCACGAGAUGGCGGCCAAGUUCAUGGAAUUUGAGGCUAUGGAGGUGAUAGAGAAUUCAAAGUUGCAGGGCAUUAUGCAGGUCCAAGGCCCGCCUCCUGCCAUCCCACUGAAGCCAGAUUCUCCAAGGCCCUCAUCCCCCGACAUUCUCCAGCAGCCAGAGGGCAACUCCAGCAAGACUGGCCUCAAGGCUCAGCCUGCCCAGCCAUCAGCACCCAAAGAUCAGAGGCCGCCAGAGACCAAGGCACCCGAGGAGAUCCCACCUGAAGCCGUGGAGGAGUACAUGGCCAUCAUGGACUGGCUGGAGGGCCUUCCUGAAUUGUGCACCCACGACUCUGGGGGAACAUCCAAAGAGGCGAGAAUGGAACAAGAGGAUGUGGAAGACAUGUGCUCAGAUCCAGAGCUCCUGAGCCUCAUUGACCAGCUGUGCUGCCAGGAGGAUUUCAUGUCAAAUGUGGAGGCCAUCAUUCACCCCACAUUCCUGGAAGAAUUGCUUUCCUCCAAACCAGAGCUGGAUCUUGAGGCCCUAAUUGAGGAGCUGGAACAGGAAGAAGGACUCACCCCUGAGCAGAUAGUGGAGAAACGUCUUGGGGCACCCAGAGUAGCCUCAAGUGUUUCUGAGUUGGCCAUCUGCCAAGGUGCAGACAGAAAUGAGCAGAGCCCGCAACAAGCAGUCAGUGCAGAUACCAGCACUCUGCAUAUCGUUUGCAGUGAUGAUCAGAGCCAUAGUGGCACUGAUGCAGAGCACCUUACACCUGCUUCUACUGCUGCUGCUGCUCUCCAGGGGGGUCCCGGGUGUCCUUCAGUAGGAGCCACCCUGCCCACUGCUUGUCCCCGUAGACAUGGAUCCCAUCCCCAGAGACUGGGGUCUAGAGAUGCCGUGAAUCACAUGGAAGAGUCUCCUGCUGGCACUCCACGCAAGCGAGCAGGGGACAGGAAGGUGGACAAGGAAGGUGUCCCCAGCCUGGCGUCCUUGCUGGGCUCUGAGUACUGUCUCCUGCCCUGGGGACUAUCUCAGAGCCCCAGGUCCCCCACCACCCUCCUGUCCUCUGGACACCAAGCCUCUGGGCCUUCACUGUGCAAGAGAAGAGGCCACAGCCUGGAUCCCCCUCCACCUGCCAAGUCCAAGAAAAGGGCUCGCAUUGGAGAUUCAUGCACCCCAGUAAAGAAUCCCUGCCCAGGGUCUCACUUUGAGGAGUCUGCAAAGGAGGACUUGGCUUUGGGGCUGAUUCGUCCUGCACAGCCUCAGAAGAGAAAGCGUGAAGUGUUGGAAGGCCAGAGGAAGAAGAGGAAGAAGAAAACUCCUUGA